AUGUGCAAGACUCUGUUUAACAGAGACCAGCGAUCAGGAGUGACACGCCGCCAGUUGGCUGAAGGCGGGGACGGCAUCGAUGAAGAUGAGCGUUCCAUCGUAGAAGGGUGCUUGGACUUGCAGGAAGAGAUAGGGGUAUUGCAUCAAAGUGCGGUCUCCAGUCCUGAAGGUGACUCGUCAAGCCGGGUAACGGCAUUAGUAUCCAUGCUGUCGGAGGCUGCCGCAGCGACGGAAUCAACGCAAGUUCCUCGCGCUGACGAGCGGCUGUACUUGAGCGAGCAGUUGCUGGAGGGAGGAAGUGGUCUUGAAACUAAAGGUGAUGGAAUCGUACGUCUGCAGACUCCUUUGAUGCAGGCAUACGUUCAACGCCGUCGAUCCGCUGUUGUGACCCCCGCCCUGGACCCCGACUCGUGGAUAGAGACAAUUCCAAGCAAGACCGCCGAACCCGAACGAGAAGCAAGAGAUGAGUCUUCCUCGGUUAUUGAUGACGAGUCGAUGGCUGGGCAAGCGUCAGCAUCACAUAUGUCGAUGAUGAGUCUUCCUCGGUUAUUGAUGACGAGUCGAUGGCUGGGCAAGCGUCAGCAUCACAUAUGUCGAUGCAAGGGCAUCCAGAAGGCCUCAGAGAGAUCCUCAGUGUUGGGGGCACUCGAAGUCAUCCAUAUGUCCGGUUGCCAGUGCUAG